AGAUUUGAGUCAUAACGAUUUGUUAUCCUCUAAUUGGAGUAUUGAUUCAUCAGGUCAAAUACUGCAAGAAGUGAAGAUGAAUCAUAAUGAACUAAGUGGCAUUCCCCAUUUUGGUGAACUAACUUCUAAUAUCACAUUACUAUCACUAGUGCAUAAUUCAAUUCAGGAGAUUGUCUCUGAACAGCUGCAACCUUAUUUCUCCCUGGAGAACCUUGAUCUCAGUUCCAACUUCAUCACAGAAAUCAAAGUUUCUUCAUUUCCACAUAUGCAGCUGAAGUACCUGAAUUUGAGCAACAAUAGAAUAACCACUCUGGAAGCAGGCUGUUUUGAUAACCUGUCCAAUUCCUUAAUAGUUCUAAAACUGAACAGAAACAGAAUAAGCAUGAUUCCGCCGAAGACUUUCAAGCUACCUUAUGUGCAGUUCUUGGAACUUAAAAGAAACCGAAUUAAGGUAAUAGAAAGCCUUACCUUCCAAGGCUUGGACUCAUUGAAAUCAUUAAAAAUGCAACGCAAUGGAAUUAGUAAUCUGAUGGAUGGUGCCUUUUUUGGACUGAAUAAUAUGGAAGAAUUAGAGUUGGAACAGAAUAAUCUGACAGAAAUAAAUAAGGGAUGGCUAUAUGGCUUGAAGGCACUGCAAAAGCUCUAUGUCAGUCAGAAUGCCAUUAAUAGGAUUGGACCUGAUGCAUGGGAAUUCUGCCAAAGUCUUUCUGAACUAGAUCUGUCAUACAAUCAACUGACUCGCCUAGAUGAAUUUGCUUUUAUUGGAGUGAAUGUAUUGGAAAAAUUAAAUCUGAGUGACAGUAGACUCAGUUACAUUGCUGAUGGAGUUUUUAAAGGACUCUCAUACCUACAGACUUUAGAUCUACGGAAUAAUGAGAUUUCCUGGGCCAUAGAAGAUGCAAAUGAAGCAUUUACAGGACUUGAGAGACUCAAUAAACUGAUUCUUCAAGGAAACCAAAUUAAGUCAAUUACAAAGAAAGCACUUUCUGAUCUUCAGGCCCUGGAAUAUCUAGAUCUGACCAACAAUGCUAUAGUAUCUAUUCAAGAAGGUGGUUUUUCUCAGCCUCUUCUUAAAGAAUUGUUGUUGAAUACUAGCAGCUUAUUGUGUGACUGCCAGUUGAAAUGGUUCCCACACUGGCUUUUCCACAGCCAUUUGCAGGACGCUGUCAAUGUUGUUUGUGCUCAUCCUGAACGGCUAGCUGGAAGGAGCAUUCUCAGUGUGAACACUGAAGACUUUGUUUGUGAUGACUUUCCCAAGCCACAAAUUAGAACACAUCCUGAGACAACAGUUGCGCUUAGAGGAACCAAUGUUACCCUGACUUGCAAGGCGGUGAGCAGCAGUGAUUUGCCUAUAUCUGCUGCCUGGAGAAAGGACAGUGAAAUAUUAUAUGACACAGAUAUAGAAAAUUAUGUCAGGUACCAACAACAAGAUGGUGAAAUCCUGGAAUAUACUUCUAUCCUGCAUGUUUUCAAUGUGAACUUUACUGAUGAAGGAAAAUACCAGUGUAUCAUCUUCAAUCACUUUGGGUCCAACUAUUCCAACAAGGCCAAGUUGACUAUCAAUGAGUUGCCUUCUUUUGUGAAAACUCCCAUGGAUUUGACAGUACGUACUAGAGCCAUGGCUAAAUUGGAAUGUGCUGCAGAAGGCCAUCCACCACCUCAGAUAUCCUGGCAAAAAGAUGGCGGCACAGAUUUCCCUGCAGCUCGUGAAAGGCGCAUGCAUGUGAUGCCAGAAGAUGAUGUCUUCUUCAUAGUAAAUGUGAAAAUUGAAGAUAUGGGGAUUUAUAGUUGUAUGGCACAAAAUGUGGCUGGCAGUAUAUCAGCAAACGUAACAUUGACUGUGUUAGAAACACCUUCAUUUGUUAGGCCUCUGGAAGACAGGACUGUAGCUCAAGGUGAAACAGCUGUUCUGCAGUGCAUUGCUAGUGGCAGCCCUGCCCCUCGCCUAAACUGGACCAAAGAUGAUGGUCCUCUGACAGUGACCGAACGGCAUUUCUUUGCAGCUGCCAAUCAACUGCUCAUCAUUGUAGAUGCGGGAUUAGAGGAUGCUGGAAAAUAUACUUGCAUUAUGUCUAAUACCCUUGGUACAGUGCGUGGCCAUAUUUAUUUACAUGUAUUAUCCUCACCGAACUGUGACUCAUCCCAAAGUGGCAUUGGAAUUGGAGAUGAUGGCUGGACAACAGUUGGGAUUGUAAUCAUUGUUGUGGUCUGCUGUGUUGUAGGCACCUCUCUAGUUUGGGUUGUUGUUAUCUAUCACAUGAGAAGAAAAAGUGAAGAUUAUAGCAUCACUAACACAGAAGAGGUAAAUUUGCCUCCUGAUAUUCCUAGCUACUUAUCUUCUCAAGGGACUCUGUCAGAGCCACAGGAAGGCUAUAGUAAUUCUGAGGCAGGAAGCAAUCAGCAACUUAUGCCUCCCUCCAACAGUUACAUACACAAAGGCACAGAUGGUGGCACAGAGCCAUUGGUGAUCUGCUCGGAUUGUUACGACAAUGCCAACAUCUAUUCCAGAAACAGGGAGUAUUGUCCUUAUACAUACAACACUGAAGAUGAUCCACUGGAUCAGUCAUUGUCCAACCUAAUGGUACAGAUGUCUAAAGAGCCCUAUCCUGGAUGCCCUCAGCAUGAAAUCACAACUAUUAAUAACUUUUCAGAUGGCCAAGAUAGGUCUGUGUUUGUUAGCAGUCAAGACAGGCUUCAUGAGAGGAAACCAUGUUCUCAGUCCUGUGGCAGUGAUCUUUUUCAACAGUCUUUAUGGGGUAUCAAUAAUGAUCUGGCGUUGCUGCAUCCUCAUUGUUCAUCUCCAUCUAAGACCCAUGAGGUGCUAGAAGUUCUGCAAAAUGAAGGCAUCACAGAGAAAGAGCCAGAGCAGAUUAUUCCUCCUAGGCUUCAUCACAGAUUACAUGAAUACAACUUUGAUUUUAACAGGACUCGGGACAUGCAAGAGCAUCGUGAAGCUACAUAAAAAUGAAAUAAACAUUAGCAGCUUGAAGCAUUUGUUAGUAUUAUUGCUACCUCAUAUUUUGACUCAUGGCAAAAAAAUGUUUCAUGCUUCCAACAGAGGCCUAAUGGAACAGACCACUGACUGCAUGCUGGAGGGCAAAAUCACUUCUGCUAUUUUCCAAUAAGUAGCAUAUAUUAAAGCUCAGUCUUAAACGGAUGGUGAAAAAAAA